CCACUCUCUUCGCUUAUUACUACUACACUCUCUCUCUCUCUCUCUCUCUCUCUCUCUCUCUCUAAAGAUGUCUGGUCGAGGCAAGGGCGGCAAGGGCCUGGGCAAGGGCGGGGCGAAGCGUCACAGGAAGGUCCUUCGCGACAACAUCCAGGGCAUCACGAAGCCGGCGAUCCGGCGUCUGGCCCGGAGGGGCGGGGUCAAGAGGAUCAGCGGGCUCAUCUACGAGGAGACACGCGGCGUGCUCAAGAUCUUCCUUGAGAACGUCAUCCGCGAUGCCGUGACCUACACUGAGCACGCCAGGAGGAAGACGGUGACGGCCAUGGACGUGGUUUACGCCCUGAAGAGGCAGGGCAGGACCUUGUACGGGUUUGGGGGCUAAGUUGCGGUGUUCCCGGGGGGGGGGUUGGGGGGUGGUUAGGGUUUGGGUGGAAGACAUUGUUGGGGCUGUAAAAUGGGGGUGGUCGGAUCAGUUUGUUAGGGGUUAAAGUGUUUUCUGAAUUGUUUAGCUCAGUGAUAAGAACAUUUGUGUUGGAUUGGAAAAUCUGCUUGUUUUUCAAUGGAAUUACUUCAACUGUGUUCGAUUAUGA